AGGUGUAAUUGCCGAAUGGGGGAAAAACGGCAUCGUUUUUGCCAUUUUGCGCCGAAAGUUCGUGGCUCCACGACUGCCUUAACGUAUAUCUCUCCUCUCUAUAAAACUGUCGUCCAAUGCGGAUACCGGGAAAAAUACGGAUCCUGCCCGAUCUGGCUUCCUGGAGACAUGUACACCGCCGACAAACCCCCGCCUCCGUCACAGUCAGUACCGAUAGUGAUCCGCUCCGUUUGGUCAGAUAAUCUGGACUAUGAAUUUGAGUUGAUCAGAUCCGUAGUCUCGAAAUAUCGGUGGUUCUCCAUGGACACGGAAUUUCCAGGCGUGGUGUUCAAGCCAGUGGACAAUCCGGCGAAUGACAAUGCGAAUGUACUGCAUCGGAAUCCUUACGCCAACUACGUCACCCUUAAGAACAACGUGGACGUACUCCAUCUGAUCCAGAUCGGCGUCACCAUAUCGGACGAUGAAGGGAAUCUACCAGAUCUUGGUACGGGGACUUGUUAUAUAUGGGAAUUCAAUUUCAGGGAUUUCGACAUCACGCGGGAUGAUCACGCCCAUGAUUCGGUCGAGCUAUUGAGAAGACAGGGCAUUGAUUUCGAGCGGUUUCGCAAUUACGGAAUAGACUCUGUGAGAUUCGCGGAGUUGAUGAUGUCAUCGGGGCUGGUGUUGGACGACAAGGUGAGUUGGGUUACCUUUCACUGCGCGUAUGAUUUUGGAUACCUGGUCAAGAUCUUGACGCAGCGACCGUUGCCUGGUGAAAUGAGCGACUUCUUGAAUCUGGUGCGGGUGUUCUUUGGCCCUAGCGUAUACGAUGUGAAGCACCUGAUGAGAUUCUGCCAUAACUUGCAUGGGGGUCUGGACAAAGUUGCGAAAGAAUUGAAUGUAGAACGGAUAGGGAACAGCCACCAUGCAGGUUCAGAUAGUUUGGUGACCAUGCAGGUUUUUCAGAAGAUAGAAGAGCUGUAUUUUUGCGGGGGAAAGAUCAAGAAGUACGCAAAUAUUCUUUAUGGUUUAGAGGUUUAUUGAUAAUGUGGAAAUGUAGAUUUCUUGCUCGUUCUUUGUUCCUAGCAAAGCCUGUACACAUUUUGAUUCUUAUAAGUUAUCACCUAUUAAUUUUAGUUUCUUCUACUAACAUCAUACGGUUUCCCUUU